AUCAUUUAAUAAUUUUUCUCAAUUCCAAUAAACAUUUAAAGCGCGACAAUUGUUUAUGAACUGUAAUAUGUAAUUUCAUUGGCUUUCAAACUAUCGUAUGAAGUUACCACGGUUUAUUGAGCAUCAGUUAGUAAUAUAAAUCUUAUUGUUCCUCUUACAGUUUCUUGUAUAUAUGGAGCGCAACUUUAAGUAAAACUUUUAAAUGUUUUAUUUUAACCAAAAAUGUUCGCAAUUUGUCAGUGGAGAUAUGCGAUUCGCCGCCUAGCGCCCUCAAACUUUUCUAAAUUCUCGGAGUUAAGAUUUAUUGUAUAUUUUGAUUAAUUUCCUAUCGCAUAACUGAAUACAAUAAAACUAAACAAGUUUAACUAAAAGAAAUCGAAAUCUUUAAUAUAAGCUGUUGAAAUGACGAGGUCAAAUAUUGAAUUGGGCGAUGUAACGCCACAUAAUAUUAAGCAACUGAAAAAGCUCAACUCUGUUGUAUUUCCUGUCUCGUACAACGAAAAAUUCUACAUAGAUGUUCUGGAAGCUGGUGAGUUGGCAAAACUAGUAUACUAUAAUGAUAUCGUAGUUGGUGCAGUGUGCUGCCGCAUUGAUACUUCCGAGAAUCAACGGCGUCUAUAUAUCAUGACUUUGGGCUGUUUGUCGUCAUAUCGACGUCUCGGUAUCGGCACUGUGAUGUUCCAACAUAUUCUCAACUAUGCUAAAGUGGAUGGAAACUUCGACAGUAUCUUUCUGCACGUGCAAAUUAAUAACGAAGGCGCUAUUGCGUUUUAUAAAAAAUUUGGUUUCGAAAUUGUUGAGACCAAGGAACAUUAUUACAAACGAAUUGAACCUGCGGACGCGUACGUUUUGCAAAAAACGUUGCGAAACACAAAUAGUAAUGCUAGUGGCACUAUUAGUAAUCACAAUCACAAUCCAGCUCAUAGUAACGGACAUUUGGACAAGAAGGAAAAGAAAGCAUAAUAAGCAGUUGAACAGAGUACAAUUUGCAUUCGCCAAUACUGUUUGCUUCUAAGCAGUUUUAGUUAUACCUAACAAAAAUACAAUAAAACAAAACACUUAUUUAAACGAA